AGGUGCAAACAGGCUAAUACGCAGGGCUCACUCUGGAGCAUCGUCGCGUAUGAAAAGACUAUGUACAAGUUCGUUGUGAGAUGAGCAACAGUGCAGGAUAAAAAAGGUAAAAGCAGUUAAAAUCCCUGUACAUAGAGCUAGCGGCGACAACUGGCAAGCCCUGCCUUGAAAGUGUCUAAGGUCUGGGCUGCGACGACGUGCUCUGGCAGCUGGUUCCACAAUCGGAUGCCGGCUGGAAAGAAGGAGUGUCUGUAAGUGUCAGUCCUACAGAAAGGCAGUGCAUAUCGAAGGUGUGACCACGUGUGGAGAGUGCUGUUGUGUGGAGGAACAAGUCUUUACGGAUGUCUACUAGGCCGUGUGUAAUGCGGUACAUCAUGAUCAUCACCAGUCUACUGUCACAUCUUCUUUGUUGUAAAAAAUCCCAGCCAAGGUUCGAUAUCAUCUGGCUGGUGCUGCUGGUGGUCUUGUAAUCCCCCAUCACAAACCUGGCUGCUCUGCGCAUGACCGCUUCCAGUUGUUGGAUGUUUCUGCUGGUAUGAGGGUCCCAGGUGGCUGAAGCAUAUUCAAUUACCGGCUUCACCAGGCUGUUGUAACACUGGGCUUUGACUCCCUGUGGGCAUCUUGAGAGGUUGCGUCGAAGGAAGCCAAGCGUGUUGUUUGCUUUCUUGGUGUUGUCGUCCACAUGAGCAUUCCAGGAAAGGUUCUCAGAUUUAAUGGCAUAAGUCAGCUUGUUAAAGAUGUCUGAGGGCAAAAAGGCGCCCCAUAUAGACAAGAUAGAUGAAGAUGAGGAAGGAACCUCGGACAUAGAACAGAUUCCAGGGGAGGAGGAGGUACCCACAACAAUUCCCUUUACUUCAGAACCUGCUGGCCUCACUGUAAGAGGUUUAGUUAAAGAUGACACAGCUGCAUCUCUUAGAAGCCUUGCAGGUUCAGCGUCUAGAGUUGGCACACCAAGUUCUUCAGUUGGAAUGUCCGCCCCGCCAGAUUCCCCGCAGAGUUUUGCCUCGCGAGGGAAGAAAGUUUCCCGUCAAGUCAGCGGCUUAGAUAAACUAUCUCAAUGCACAUCACUGAAUUUCUCCAUCCAUCGUGAAGAUUCAGUUGAAAAAAUCUUUAAAGAAAAUUCUGACGAUAGUUUUCAUCAGCCAGUUCAUACACUUAUAUCUCCGUUGACUCAAGCUCCAAAUCCUGUACCUACCCAACAGAAAAUGUCGGUGUCUGGGCGGUUUACUGUCAGUCCUGCUCAGAGUAUACCAGUAUCUGUUUCAUUCAAGCAAAAACAAGGUACUGCAACUCCAACAAAGAGCGAAAGUAGUUUUGGCCAGUCUGUUGGUCAACAGGAGCCAGAAAUGCUGUUCAGAAUGUCGGACACCUCUUUAAAUCAUGUUGACGAAAAAGCACAGGGCUUAGCUGAUCAGAAAAGACCGUUUAUCAGUGAUUCCAUUGAACUUGGAUAUAUGGGAAGGAAAGAUUCUGAUAUCACACUGGAUCACCAAGUUCCUUCAGGAGUUUCUAUUGACUACCUUACAGUAGAUGAUAACCAGCGUACAAUUCAGUCUAACUUUUCCGUCAAUACUCAAGACAGUGCCAUCUUUGAGCAUGCCCCUUUACAGUGUGGUAACAUAAGAUUUGUCAAGGAUUCUGUUGACCUUGUGUACGAGCCAAAGAAGCAUUACCUAUGUGUUGAUUAUCAUACAAAGAUGCCGGCAGUGACAGAGUUUAUGUCCCGAUACUGGGGCAAGAAGAACCCCAACAUCGUACUAUCUGUGAUAUCCUCAGAAGAGAAUUAUAAACCCUGGAAAAGUCAGCGUCUCAAAGAAGAUUUUCAGAAAGGAAUUAUAAAGGCUGCAAAUACAACAGACAUGUGGAUUAUAACCAGUGGUUUAAAUGCAGGAAUACCUAAAGUCAUCGGAGAUGCCAUCAAAGAGUACAAUCUAGAACAGCAGAAUACACGCCUCAUUGCAAAUCCACUUCUCCCAAGUGCUGAGAAUGGAACCAGACGACUUACAGCUAUUGGCAUUGUGCCAAAAGAUCUUGUUCCUUAUGGAAUGUACUUCGAUGGCACUGAAGGUGUUCAGAUCACUAACUUUGGAGGUAAAUCUCAUGCUAACAUUUACGAGCUGAAUCCAGAACACACCCAUUUCAUUAUGGUGGAAGAAGAUGGCAGAGAGUUUUUUGCAGGAAACUUGAGAUGUGAUAUUGAACAUCAGUUUGGCCAUAAAGUCAUCAAGAGAAGACGCCCAUUUAGAUUGAUGAGCAUAGGAUCAGAUUCAGAGACGGAAGACGUGGAAAAGAAACAGUUGGAUGCAGACAAUUUUAUACCUGUGGUAGGACUGUUGGUUCAGGGAUCACCAAAGAAUAUUGAUCAUGUACUGUUCUACCUGCAGAAUAAAAUGCCUGUUGUGGUUCUUAAAGGCAGUGGUGGAUUAGCUGAUAUGAUAGGAUAUGUUAGUGAAGAAAUGCAGGAAAAGGCUGAUUCCGAUCCAGAUUAUGAGGAACAUUUUCUGAAGCCAGAACUGAUCAAAAUGAUCACUAGAAUGUAUGGUUCUUUCAUUGAAGAAAAUGAGCUUGACAAGUUCAGCCUGAGAGAUAAGAUAAUACAGUGUGUGAAGACGGCUAAUGAGGGUGAUGGAGACCAUUCCUUUAUGACUGUUGUCAAUAUGAAGGGCUGGGGCUGGAGUAUGAGAGACCUGGACAAGUAUAUUCUACGAGCUCUGUUCAAAUCAGAGAAGCAUGAGACUAUUGGCCUACUGGAGCAACUUCAGAACGAUCUACAGCUCACCAUUGACUGGAACAGACCGGAUCUCGCCUGGGAAAUAUUCCAACAAGAUUUCACCAAAAUUAGGAUUGAUAAGAAGAUGUUUGAGAAGGCCUUGCUGCAGAAAGAUCGUGAAGAGUUUAUAGAUCUGUUCCUAUCACAAGGUGUCAAAGUUCAUAAAUUCCUCAACCACAAGAAACUGAAACAUCUGUUUGACAAGGCACAGGAUCGGGAAUUCUUUCUGAAUGUGUGCUUGGAAGGUGUGCUUGGAAUCACAUUGUUACCAGGUCAUACACUAGAUGAUAACUUCCUAUCAGAGAGUCUGAAUAGACUGAUAUAUAAACUGUCUUGGAUCAGAAACUUUAUACAGCCAUAUGAGUUAUCCAUGAGUUCUACAGGGCUAUACACAGUCGAUGCUACACUUGCUGAAAGAAAGGCAAUGAAUUCUCUGAUGGUCUGGGCAGUGUUGAUGAAUCGGCACAAGCUAGCAAAGACAUUAUGGAACAGAUGUGACGAGCCUGUAGGUGUAGCUCUCGUAUGUAGCCGGAUCAACCGAGAGUUGUCAAAAUAUCAGAUGGAACAAUACCAGAAAACAGAAUUAGAGGAAAAUGCCAAGGAGUUUGGUAAGAUGGCACUAGGGGCCCUAGCUAUAUGUUGGCGAGAUUCCAGUGCUCAAGCCUACCACAUGUUGGGUAAGCGGCUGCCAGACUUCAACAAUAAGACAGUUAUAGAAAUCGCCCACGAUGCUGGAUACAUUCAUUUUAUUGCACAUCCGUGUUGUCAGAAAUGGCUGACAAAAAAGUUCCUUGGAAAUUUACAAAUUAAGGAGCUUGACUGGGGUGUAGGAAGACUGCCUCAGUGGUUCAAAAUUCUUGCCAGUGUGUUCCUGAUAUUUCCUAUGUAUAUUUGGAUUUCAUUUAUUCCACCAAGCAAGAAGAAAACUGUUGGCAUAGAAGACGAUGAGUUGAUCAAUGAUGACCAGUCAGACUCGGAAGAUGAGGAUGACAUUCCUCAUUUCACUAAGUCAACUAUGGAUGAUUUCAUGCAAAAGAAAAGGUCACCUCUUACAAACACAUUGAAGUCUGUUUUCAAACCAAAAGGAGAUGUUCCAUUUCAUAUGAAGGUGAAUUUAUUAUGGACAGCUCCAAUCACAAAGUUUUGGCUUACCCAAGUGUUUUAUUUUGCAUUUCUUGGUGUGUUUUGUCUUGCUACACUGUGGCCUACAUGUGGAAACCAGGUGUUAGAUAUGAUACUGUGGUUUUGGGCUGCUGUAAUAGAAAUGGAGCUGGUCUGUAGAGUGUACAGGAAAUACCAUAAAUAUAAAACCAUAUCACUGCUUGGGAACUGUAUAGACAUUUUUCUGAUUAUGACAUUCCUGGUGCUGCUGUUGGUAACUCGGAUCAUGCAGACAUGGGUUGGUGUGUCAGACUAUAUUCAGGCUCGAACCUUUAUGUGCUUUGGUCUGAUAUACUUCUUCUAUAGACUGCUGGGGGUGUACCUGCCUAUCAGCCCCACCCUGGGACCCAUGUUACUCAGAAUUAGUAGAAUGGUGAAGCAUGACUUUGUGGCAUUUGUACGCAUGUUUCUCAUAUUUAUGAUAGCUGGUGGGGUAACUAUACAGGCAGUACUGUAUCCUCACUGGCCGCUGACCAAGGAACUCAUUAAACGUGUCAUCACAAGACCUAUAUAUGGCAUGUUCCUUACACAAGUUGAUGACUUGAAUGGUGAUCCUGCUUGCUCCCCUGUGUACAGAAAUACAACAGAAUAUUGUCAUGCACCUGCUUAUUACAGUGGUUCUAUUUACACACAACAAUCUGAGCAGAUUGAGGACUUGCAGAAAUGCCCAGUCUCUAGUUUCUCAGCAUAUGUGAUCACCCUGCAGUACUUACUCAUCUGUAAACUUGUGCUUGUCACACUGCUGUUUGCAAUGUUUGCACUGACAAUUGGAAAGGUUGAUCAAGUAGCCAGUGAGGUUUGGAAAUUUCAACGAUAUGCUUUGAUUGCUGACUUCAUUGAACGAUUCAGUCUUCCGCCACCGUUUACCAUAUUUAGCUUCCUCUACCUGUUCCUGCAUUCUAUUUACAAAAAAUGUCGGCGGUGUAAACUGAAAUACAAUUGCUGUGCUAAGGAUAAGAGUAAACAUAUGAACAAGCUAAAGAGCACUAUACGGAUACAGAAUAAGAUAGAUGAUACUAUGUUUUGGAAGAAAGUUGCGAGAGAAUACAUGUCCAAUGAGGAGGUAAUUGCUGAGAAGGAGGCCAUGCAGACUAAACAAGGGGAAAUACUGGUCAUGUUGCAAGAAGAUCUUCGUACACAUAGAAAGAGUAUGAAACGUUUGAAUGAUCGAGUUGUUGAACUUGAGAGAAUGAUGCAGUCAAGUCGCCUCUACCUCGAGGAUAUAGCUCACAAGCUGGAAAAAUCUGAUGUAAUGGGUAUAACCAAUGUGAAGGGCAGGUUUAUCCAUAUUGCUGCUAGACAGUCACCUUAUCCAUCAACAAGUUUAACUAGAUUCCCGGUGUUUGAUAAAUAUGUGCCAUGGGAGAGUCAGUAUGAUGUAUAUGAUCCAAAGACAUACACUUUGAGUAAAGACAAGUUUCCUGAGAAUGAGAUUAUGUAUGUGGAUGAUGACAUACUGGAGAUACUGAGGUUAAAGGAAGAGUGGCUUGCAGCAGGAACUGAAGAAGCAGAUCGACUGACCCCAAUACAGGAGUUUACAGCAAAAUGGAACAGUGUGACAGUUUAUAAGGAGAUGGGUGAAAGACGAGAAAUAGACCGUAGAUCGUGGAUAAAUGUUGAUAAUCAGCCUCUUCGUUAUACAAUAGACUCCCUUAACCUUCCGCAGAAUCCCAUGGGACGAACUGGUUUAAGAGGAAAGGGAAUUUUGUGGCGCUGGGGACCUAAUCAUGUGAUCAAAGUAGUAGUUACAAGAUGGAGGCGUAAAUAUGGGCCAGAUCUUAAUGCAAUGACAGACUUUCUGUAUGUGGAGGGUAAACGAGUGCUGGAAUUUAUAGCUGUGCAGAAAGAUAGCUUCAUGGAUUCAAGUUAUGCUCUACCAGGGGAUAUUUUACAUGGGCUGAACAAUCCAUACAGCAUUCUGUGUAAAUCUUUCAUGAGUCAAGUGUUUGAUGAGCAUGAUAUUGGACAGUAUAACAAAUUUGACCAAAGUGACAUGAUUCAGUUUUUUUCUCAGUUUGCAAGUGUUAUUGCUGGAGGUUCAAGCUCAAGAACAUCAUUUCAAGUGUCAGAUGUCAUGGUUUCAACAUCUGUCAGGUCCGGUAUGCAACCAUUUAUAUCUGCAAGUCGAAGCAAUCUGAAAGCAGAGACAGAUUCUCAAGGAUUUUGUGCGUCACUUCUGUACAAAGGCUACCUGGAUGAUCCUAGGAAUACUGACAAUGCCUGGGUAGAAGCUGAAGUCUGGAACUUCCAUUAUGAUAUUGGAGAUACCUUUGACCUUAGAUUGGCAGAGGGAAUGAGUGUUAAAUGGAAAGAAGUUUCACCCUAUGUGAAGAUGUAUGGAAAUGAGAGUGUUAUAGUACAGGAAGCUGCCAGGAUACAUGAUGCUUAUAACUGAAUAUAAUAUACUAGUAGUUGAAUGGGAUAUGAGCAAGACCACCAUAAACAACAACCUUAAAUCUAUGUUUGAAUAGACUAAGUGAAAGCAGUAACUUUAAAUCUAUGAACAAAAAAGAUCUUUUCUCUGAAUAGGUGGCUAUUUAUGAAUAAGAGGUGAUCUUUACCUUCAGUCAAGUAAAUUCUAAGUGUUCAGUGCAGUUGAUGUUUUAUUUGGAGGUGGUCAUCUCGUUGAAUUCUGUGUAGUUGAAGCUUUAUCUCUGAAUGAUUUUCUUGAAAGCUUUGUAUGAACACCAUCUGUUCACUGAAUAAUACUGUUGUAAAGUCAGCAGAACUUCUGAGCAGUAUUUUACCACUGACCAGGAUGUAGUCACUGAAAAGUAUGGAACAUAUUAUAAAUAAGGUUUUACUGCUAAAUGUUGCAGUUUAAACAACAUCUUUUCACUGAAUGAUAUAAUUUAAAUAAUCAACAACAUCUUUUCUUUGAAGGAUUUAGUUUAAACAACAGACAUAUUUUCAUUGAAUGAUGUAGUUUAAACAGCAGACAACAUCUAUUCACUGAAUGAUGUAGUUUAUACAGCAGACAGCAUCUUUUCACUGAAUGAUGUAGUUUAAACAGCAGACAACAUCUUUUCACAGAAUGAUGUAGUUUAAACAGCAGACAGCAUCUUUUCACUGAAUGAUGUAGUUUAAACAACAAACACCUAUUCAUUGAAUGAUGUAAACAGCAGACAGCAUUUUUCCACUGAAUGAUGUAGUUUAAACAGCAGACAACAUCUUUUCACUGAAUGAUGUAGUUUAUACAGCAGACAGCAUCUUUUCACAGAAUGAUGUUGUUUAAACAGCAGACAGCAUCUUUUCACAGAAUGAUGUAGUUUAAACAACAAACAGCAGCUUUUCAUUGAACAAUGUAGUUUAAACAGCAGACACCAUCUUUUCACUGAAUGAUCUAGUUUAAACAGCAGACAACAUCUUUUCACUGAAUGAUCUAGUUUAAACAGCACCUUUUCACUGAAUGAUCUAGUUUAAACAAUAGACAAAAUCUUUCACUGAAUGAUGUAGUUUAAACAAUAGACUGAAUGAUGUAGUUUAAACAAUAGACUGAAUGAUGUAGUUUCUGCAUUAGACAACAUCUUUUCACUGAGUGGUGUGCUUCAAAUGAUAGAAAGCAUUUUUUGCUUGUUGAAUGAUUUUGUUGCAGUGUUUAUGAGUAAGAUAUCUUAACAACAAAAUUACUGUAGUAAACGCAGUUUAGUUAAAGACAACUAACUAGCAUAAGUAAUUAUGUCCAUUAUGUUAGUGAUAAAAUGUCACCAUUGAUAUAAUCACUGUAAACUGAAUGCUUCUGUGUUUGGACAUUGAAAAUUAAAAUAAAAUGUAUUUAUUUAAGUACAUGUAUGUUGUCAGUGUUAGGAGCUUCUAUCUUUCAUCUGAAUGAGUUAGUCAGGGUUCAGUAUGAACUUUAUUCACUAACAGAAAUUAUAUCAAAUGUAAGAUUCCAUGGUGAAAUCCAACCUUCCUUUGUAAUAAUUAGGAUUUGAAUGCUACAACAAAGUAAUGUCUCAAGAUUGCAAGUUUCAGUAUAGAAAAGAUUGGUUCAUAUCCUGAAGAUCAAAGUACUUGCCUUUAACAUGAAAUCAUAUUUCACUGCAAAUGCUCCCAUUGCUGCCUGAAUUUUGUGUAAAAAAAGUAUUGUAUUGGAAGAUUGUCAAAGAAUUUAGUAUACACAGCCUAGAAAUGUUUGGAAUUAUGCAAAUUUUCCAUACGCAGUUUUCCCAAUUAAUGAUUAAUCAUGAUUAAAAGUUUACAAAACAUAUCCCUAAAUUGAUCCAAACAGCUGUGUUUUGUGAUGGAAUAUUGUUGGUAUUUUCUUGUUUAGAACAUUACAGCUAUGAAUGUAUAAUAUUUCACAUUGUAUUAUUGUGUUUAAUAAAUUAUAAUUAAUAUGUACAUUCAGAGAAAUGAAUAGCACUGUUGUCAAGCAAAAGGCUGUUAUUCACUACAUUUAGCUUGUUUUGGUAGUAUAUUUAGGGUUUCAGAAUUUAUUAAUGAUGAGCCUAGCCAUCAGCAAUCAUGCUUUGAAUACUUUAAUCUUGAUUCAUUGAUUAAUCAGCAUAUCACAUGUAUUGAAAUUGACAGAGGAUUCAACAGUAAAAUUGAUUUAAAGAUACAUUUCGAUAAUUAUGAGUGAUGUCCCUUGGUCAGAAUGUUACAAUAUUUACUUUAAUUUGCCUGACAUCCACGAUUGGCAAAACUUUUCACGAAAGAAAUUGUUUCGCUGCAUGUGGGUGAAUAAAACCAGUAUUAUACUGAGAAGAGAUAACAUUCCUAUUUACAGUGAAACUCAGUUAUAAGGAACUCAUCAGAUUCACGAAAAAGUGUUUGUUGUAUCCAAGGUACAGUAUAGUUCACUAUAGCUGAUUUGUUUAAUGAAUAUCUGAUGUAUAGCAAAAAACUUUUGCGAAAGCUAUGAUUCAUUGAAAGCCAUUGUUGAUGUGUUUAAUUGUUGUUGCGUCAAAAUAAAAGAUUAUAAUUAUUUCAAAUAUGCAAAAAUUGAUCAUACAAGAAAUAUAAUGUAGUCACAUAUUAAGCAACAAAAUUAUAAAUUUGCAAACCAUAGUAUGUUACCAAUGGCAGUGAAUCUUGAAAUUACGGACCAAGUUUGUGAUAAAUAUGUGACAUAUUAUAAUGGGACAUGGAAAUAUGUUCUUAUAUUUGAGUUUUCUGAUUGGUUAUAUCUGUGUAAAAUAUAUAGUAGGGGAAAAUCAAACCAGAAAAAAAGAGUUCCUUAAAACUGAGAUUUCCUUGUAACUGAGUUCGCUAUAAGUGAGUUUUACUGUAUCUGUUUAUGAUUGCACUAUCUUGCCAACCUCUACCUAUAUUUGGUAUGAUACAUGUGUAAUGACUUUUUGAAAUUAACAUUUUUUCAAGUGUAGAGAAUGUUUGGUGAAUAGAUUUUGUUUGAAAUAGGUACUGAAAGAAGAAAUUUCACAGUUUCAACACAAAUAAGCUUACAUGAGAGAAAAGGAAUCUUAUUUUCUUUUUCAUUGAUUUUUCUUAAACUUGUUCAAUCAAAAUGAUAAGAUUCUCCACAGAGCCAUGCAUUUGAUUAUUUUAUUCUACUCGUUUAUAGUACAGUAAAAUGGUGUAAAAAUACUUCAGAAAAUGGAAGAAGCAUGAAACUUGGUACAUAACUACUUUAGGGCAAAAUACUAAAAAUGAGCAUGAGACCCACUCCGAAAAAUCCAAUAUGGCCGAAAAAUCCAAGAUGGCCGCCAUAUAUGUAUAUAUUUUCAAAAAUACAUAAUAUCGUAUAUAAAAUUUCUAUUGACACUUACAGUUAUCAGUAUAAUAAGCUAAAACCACCUGCCUGAAUAAAUCCAAACAUAUUAUAUUAACAAAAAUACCGCUCUUCCAACAAAAAUGAAAAAAGUUGUCUCCCUUGGAUAAAAUGUGCUAUUAAGCAAAAGAAAAGUCAUAAUGCAUUUAUAUGAAUCAAAAUUAAGUAUAUAAUGGUAACUGGCAUAUCAAGAAAGUUUAAAAAUGCAACAGUUUUGUGCAGAACUUUACAACAAUUGUAAAUUAAUUAAUUGUAAAUACAUUCGAACUUCGGUAACUGGAACCCAUCAGGACCGACUAAAUUUAUUCGAAUUAUCGGUAGUACUAGUAUGAGUGAUCGAAAAAUAUAUUAUAAAGGAAUUUGUUUGGGACCUGACGAUAGAUUAAUUGAAGAAUGGUGUUCGAAUUAUCAGAGUUUGAGCAAACGAAGUUUUAGUCUGUAAUGUGUAUUAGUGAAUAAAUGACAUGUGUUUCACUAGGGGUGGGUAUUGCCACGAAAAUUGGUAUUGCGAUAUAUUGCAAUAUUGUAUGUGGAUAUUGCAAUAUACUGCGAUAUAUUGUACCAGUUAUUUAAUGAACAAAAACAUAACGAAUCAUACUGUUUUUUUCAAAUUUAUUCAAUUAAAAAUGAGUAAAAUGACUAGUAUCAACAACAUGAGUGUUUGCUCGACCUUCUCAAUAAAUAAAAAUACCAGUAAACAAAAAAAAAAAAAGUUUUGACUAGAUUAUGGGUAGUAUUACCGAAUAUUCAAAAGCGAAAGUAGACUGCGGCAAAAUAUUAUUUAGUUUAUUGUGCGGCACUACAUUCGGUUUACGGAUACAAUCAUAUAACACAGGUUGCUCAAUUCACCGAUUAUAAACGAGGGAAGUGGUAUAGCUGUUGCAUGAAUAAUAAAUUCUAGUUGAUAGAAAAAUUACUAAUGAGUCGCUGACAAAUACAAAAUUAUAUUUAUCUAAAUUUUCUUAUUGGUUUUAUUAUGUGGAAUUGGAUCCGUAAAAUAGCUGUAAACCAGUCUGCUACCUGCACCGGAAAUGGAAGGAGAAAAAUGAAAACAAAGUUGAAUCGUGCUGGCAAGAAAAGUAUUUUUUGUGUGAAUCUUCUUGGUUUACGUUAGUGUUACAUAAUGUUAUAAAAUAACCGGUAUUCGAAAAUCAUAUCGCAAUAUCGUAUCGUCGGAAAAAACAUCGCAAUAACCGGUCUACCGCGGUAUAUCGCCCACCCCUAUGUUUCACUUUGUCAUUAGUUUUCGUGACUCAGAAUUUGUAAGUGUUGCUGUAUUCAUUUCAAUUUAUUUACACUAAGAGAACUAAUGACAGUUAAUUAAACUAUAUAAUUCAUUAAUUAUGUUAGUGUGAUAGACCAUGUGAACAUCCCUGGCCUGUCAGAUCAUCAUGAUUUCUUUGGGAAAAAUCGGUUGAUCAGCGUAAUCAAAUUUACAUUUGCAUGUCCCUGUAAUAUUCUGUUUUUGUCAAAUUGUAGCACAUUGUGCCAUAAUAAUGGUUUUAUAGUUUAAUGUCAUAAGCAUAUAAUGUACAGUCACUAAUGUCCUGAUCACUCUCAGGCAAAGACCAUGAAGAUCAUACUGCUUCCUGAAAAUUUUGACUCUGUGGGGACAGGGAUCAAACUCGAAAAAUGUGCAGUUCUAAAGUUCAUACUGCGCGCUUUUAACAUCCUUGCCUGGUUCUCACGGCAUCUAACACGUUCACACUAAUUUUCUUACCACGCGCUUCUUCACGUCCAGUGUGUUCUUACUACAUUCUUAGUACGAUCAGUCAGAUUGCACCUCUCGCUUACCAUGCUUUAACCAUAUGCUUAUCACCUUUUCACUGCAUUCGUCGGCUACUUAUAGAUACUACGCCAUGCGCCUCUUUUUUUUUCAUUCCUUCUGCAAGUUAUAUUGACAUAAUUGUGUCCGCAUCUACACUCAACAACCAUAAAUUACAAUAAAUGACGACCCCCAACCCCACCCCAACGCCCCAAUGAAGAAAAAAGAGCAGUCUUAUAGAGAGAGACUGCGGUGGAAUAAGCAAAAGCAGUGUGAAGGAUAUAUGGAGGUCCAAAAGUCCACUACAAGCUGCCAGUGCUGCUGAGUCCAUGAUUAUGUGGCAACUCCUGAUGAUGUUCGAUACCCAUUGCUGAUUGAAAACGAAGUGAUUGGGAAUUGGAUCCAGUAUUCAUACUUAAUUAUCAGAAUCUGAACCAAUCAUGGUGAGAACCUGCUGCAAACGUGACAUAGAUGUGUUAAGAACCGAAAGAACGUAUUUAUAACCUUAUGCGGUAUACUACAAUGUGGCAUGCACGUAGCAUGGUCAUAGCACACAAGCGUAGAUAAGUUGUAGUAAGAACUCCAUUGACGUAGCAAGAACACAAUGAUAACCCAAUGACACCACAGUGAGCACGCCAUGCAGCCUUUCCCGUCCGCACCACGCUUGUACUAUGUCCUACUAGUUUUAGUUAAUCAUUACUAAGUCCUUCCUGCUUCCUGAUUAGACCGCGUUCUCACUACAUUUGUUUUGAACAUGUCGAAAAUUUGACCGCGUUCUCUACACUCAUGGAGACCAUAAUUAUUAAUCAUCAUGUUCUUAUCGGAGUCUACUGUAUUUCUUCUACAUUGUACAAGUUCUUACUGCGUCCUGCUAGUUUUUACGACGUAGUGGGAACGUGGCUGAGUGUAACGGGGGUAUAAAUUAAGAGCAGAAUCUAUCAUUUCUACAAGAAAAAUGUGCUCUAAUAUCUAUUUCUGGACAUUUUACUGAAAUUAAAAUUAAAUUAAAUGUGAGUACUUGAGGAUUUUUCUAAUGAGCACAGGUACAUUCGAAACACAAUUUUAAUACCAAUUUAAAUUACUAGUUUUAAGACGACAAAUAUUAUCUAUUUACCAUUUGUACUUCCAGUUAAGCAGUCCAAUGUAAGAAUAACACUGUCUUGUCAAACAAAACUAACCAGUACAGCUCGCGCUUACCGGUGAAUCAAGCUUUUAAAUGCAUUUUCUACAUCUUCCUACAAACAAACUGUUCGUAUUAUAGAAUAUUAUAUUUCUGGGAGCCCGCCCGCUUAGCUCAGUAGGUAAGAGCGUUGGUCUACGGAUCGCAGGGUCGCCAGUUCGAUCCUCGGGCGGGCCGCACGUUCUCCGUGACUAUUUGAUAAACGACAUUGUGUCUGAAAUCAUUAGUCCUCCACCUCUGAUUCAUGUGGGGAAGUUGGCAGUUACUUGCGGAGAACAGGUUUGUACUGGUACAGAAUCCAGGAACACUGGUUAGGUUAACUGCCCGCCGUUACAUGACUGAAAUACUGUUGAAAAACGGCGUUAAACCCAAAACAAACAAACAAAAUAUUUCUGGGGUAUAAAUGGAGGCUUUCGAUACUCUUCUUUACAGCAAAACAUGUCAAGUAGCUUGAUCAACCAUCUGUUCACAUAUAGAUUAGGGCUAUAAUGUGCAUUCCUGCAUCGUCUGCACACCUCUUGAACAUACUAAAAAGGUUGCCCAUUAGGUCGGGCACAUAUGGGUGUCGUGUGUUCUAUCAUUUUCCUAAAAUUCCUAGUCAAGAUAAAUAAGGCUGACCAGAGAGAUCUUUGAUAUACUGGAACCUUUCCAAUAGUUUUUGUCUCAAGUACCCGAGUCUCAUACCAAUAGCUCCUCAAGUGCAUUUGCAACCUCGAUAAAGUCUGUCGAGGAAGACGUAAUUUGUCAAACGUGCUGAAAUGCUCUGCACUGCCUUAUGCAAGUUAACUAAAGUUGUUGACAAUCUCGUGCUUGUGUGUACUGACAAGAGUAACUGACAUGUACCUUAUUUCAGAUUUCAGCUCACUGUUCAGAGUAAUAUAUUUCACAGAAUAGUUACUAAGUGUUGUCCAUGACAACAACUUUUAUAAUUUCAACCUUACUCUUCUUUGUUACACAGUUAGCAAUUUAUUACGCAGACAUUGUGACUGCGGGUGCAUAAUAAGGAACAUUGUUUCAUUGAUCCUACUAGCCCGUCCCUAUAAUCUAUUCUUGCAUUUCGAAGUCCCAAACUAAAAGGGGUAGUUGUCGUACUUGGUGUCAAAGAAACUACAAUUUUAUAUAGCAACUAAGUUAAUUGACCUUCACAUUCUCCAUAUUACUUACCAUCUAUAAACAAGGUUUCAUAAAGAAGUCUUAAGAAUUUGCAAUUUUGAAGUUAUUGAAGAAUCCGCCAUUUGCAGAUGAUGGACCAACAUACAGACUGUCUAUGUAAAAUUUCUCAAGAAACAAUCUCUACUUGUUUUGAAGAAAUGCAGGAUGACACUUUGUGUCAUAUUCGUGCACUAUUUGUUGCCAUAGCAACAACAUUUGUUGCCAUAGGAACAAAAUUAAAUGACAUUGGCAUUCUCUGCAUUGCCAUCUAUCCAUGUACCACGUAUCAUGAAAAAUUCUGCUGUAGUUUCAAAGUUAUUGCAGUAUCCCACUCUGCAUGGCUGACGUAUUGACAUGCAUACAGGGGCAACCCAUAAGCCCCAUCUGGCUAAAUACUGGUAAGGGAAUAACAACAAUGUUUCAAUAUGCUGCUGUGGAGGGAAUUCAAGUGAAAUAAUAUAAAUUACAUAUAUUAAAACAAAAUAUUCUUAAAAAUAUAAAAACUACACAAUGAUAAUAUUUAACUAAGUUUUAAAGGUUAGAUUUUUGCCGUUACCAUGGAAACAGAAAGAAACUAACAUCAUUUGAAUUGAUGUUUUUGCAUUUGAUGCAAAUUUAGGAUUUAUUUUAUUAUAUACAUUUAUAUUUAGUGCAUUUUGGGGGUGAAUGUAAAUAUAAUGACCUUUCAUUAGAGUCUUCUAAGGUAAAUAUUGAGUUUUGGCGGCCAUUUUGGAAAAUGGCCGCCAUAUCGGCCAUCUUGACAGAUAUCAAAUGGGUCCCAUGAAAAAAAUGUUUUUAAUGCUUUAAUAAAUAGCUGUGCCAAUUUUGGUGCUUUUCCCAUUUUCUGAAGUAUUUUGGCAUUUUCUGUUACGAAUUGAUCGCACUAGAUCUAUUAUAAGUUCAAAAUGAUAAGAUUCUCCACAGAGCCAUGCAUUUGAUUAUUUUAUUCUACUCGUUUAUUAAGUUCAACAUAAAAACACUAAUAUAAGAAAUUUAUUUAAGAGGUCAAACUGAGGGGUGAGGGGUAUUUGUCUAUAAGAAUAAGGCAAGUGCAGAAUGCAAGAAUUUUAUAUUAUUAGGAAGCAACACGAUGAAGGACCAUUUUAUGCUCGACUAUACAAAAUAUAUGGAGAGCUAUCCUACUCGACCUGUCGUACUUUCGCGUCCACGAUCGCCUCGGUAGCCUAGUGGUAGAGCAUCCGCUUUUGAGUGUGGGAGGUCUCUGGCCGUGUUAUACCAAAGACAUAAAAAAUGGUACUAGUAGCUUCCUCACUUAGUGCUCAGCAUUAAGAGGAUAGUACUAGGACUGGUCAGCCCGGUGUCGGUAUAAUGUGACUGAGUGGGGUAUCAUGUUGUGUGUCAACGGCGUGAAAUUCCAGUGAGGUAGCACUAUAAAGUUGGGCAUUGUGCUCACUGCUACAAGUAGACACUGUCGUUUAUAUAACUGAAAAAUUGUUGAAAAAGGCGUUAAACCCAAACACAUACACGUCCACACCUUGGUUAAAGUUUUGAUGCACUUUCUUUUCUUUUUCUCUUUAUCUCUGUAAUUACUGUAUUGAUUUGCUUCAUUCCUUAUCACCAACAUCAUAUGACACAAGGCUCAUAGUGCUGGCAGCAAAAUGCUAUGAGUUAUGCCCCCCCUUUUUAGCUCACCUGUCACAUAGUGACAGGGUGAGCUUUUGUGAUCGUCCGUCCGUCUGUCCACAAUUUCUUGUCUGCACGAUAGUGGUUUCAUUUAUGAUUUUAUUUUAAUCAAACUUGUACACAACUUGUAUCACCAUAAGAUCUUGGUUCCUUUUUUGAACUAGCCAGAUGCCGUUAUUGGUUCCAGAGUUAUGGCCCCUGAAAGGGCCAAAAUUAGCUAUUUUGACCUUGUCUGCACAAUAGCUGCUUUAUUAUGUCUUUCCCAGGAGACAUAUUGUUUUUGCCCUGUCCGUCUGUCCGUCCGUACAUCACACUUCAUUUCUGAGCAAUAACUGGAGAACCAUUUGACAUAGAACCUUCAAACUUCAUAGGGUUGUAGGGCUGCUGGAGUAGAUGACCCCUAUUGUUUUUGGGGUCACUCCGUCAAAGGUCAAGGUCACAGGGGCCUGAACAUUGAAAACCAUUGCCGAUCAAUAACUAGAGAACCACUUGACCCAGAAAGUUGAAACUUCAUAGGAUGAUUGGCCAUGCAGAGAAGAUGACCCCUAUUGAUUUUGGGGUCACUCCGUCAAAGGUGAAGGUCACAGGGGCCUGAACAUUGAAAACCAUUUCCGAUCAAUCCUUAAAAAAUUGUUUGUUUGCAGUAACGCGACCCAGAAUUUUUAGUGUGAGUAGGUAGGUAGGGAUUUUUUUUUUUUUUCGUUUUUUUUUUUUUUUUUUUUUUUUUCUAUGCUAAUUGUACAACACCUGCAUUUUGUUUUUAACCCUCUGGUUUAUACAACUUUUGGGUACUAACACUUCUCUGUAGAAUGCUAACUUGAUUGUAACAUAUCUGCAUGGGUGGUAGUUUUCACAUAGUAUGAAUACUAAUAUUACUAGUAAUAUCACCUUUUUAAUAACAAUAAAAACAACAGAUAGCCUGACACCAGUCAGAAACAGAGCUUAUUAUCUCAAUAUGAACUUAAAAAUUUAAGAUUAUCAAUAUAUUAAACAAAAAUAAUUGGCCAGACCUUUUGAAUGUCCUUGCACUGGCUAGGGUAAUAAAAAAACAUUACAUUCCUUAGGAUUCAGCAAGUACAUAGCAAAAUCUUUAUUUUAAUACCCUGUAGACCCGAGCCUGAUUACUAGCUCCGCACUCCUUCAAAGCCUAUGUAUCAUGUAAUUUUAAGACAAUACUUAAUUGUUUCACAUUGUUUACUCAGGGCUUAAAUGGAGAAGUGGAGAGAUUUUAGGGAGAGGUGGAGUGAUUUUAGGGAAACGCUGAAAGAUUUUUAAUAGCGCCAUGACAUGCAAGUUGAAAAUGGAACUAAAUAUACUUAUCAAUGUAAACCUAAUUUCUUAUCCUUGUGAAUCUACUGUGAUUAAACUGCAAAUUAAAGUUUUUUUCACUCUUGCAAUGAUUGCCUUAACCAAGAAAAGCCUAAUCUGAAUAUGAAUACAAUUAAAAAAGCUAGGGUAAUUCCAUAUCAGCAAAAAAUAAAUCAAGCUUCCAGUGCUAAUGCACUCAAAGUCAAAACACAAAAACCCAUAAAAGCAUUUCACAGUCACUUCUUGUCAAUAGCAGUGACAUCACUAUGACAUCACACAUAAUACAGUCUUCUUUGAUCUGCUAGUGUCUUCUUUGAUCUGCUACUGUCGGCACACAUUAAAAGAAACAGUUGUCAAACAGAUUAAACCCAGUUUCUGAUGGCAGGUGUCAAAUAUUUGCAUAAAUUUCAGUUACAUUAGUUAAGUCACAGAAAUUUUCAGUAAUAAUAACUAUGUAUCUAAUGUCUGGGUUUUGAAAAAUAGGAAAAAGUGGACCCAUGGAAAUUUAAUUUCACGCAAAUAGGAAAAUCUAGAAAUGUAAAAAUUAUGGAUUUCUUUCGCUGGUUUUAGUCAUUGCAUUGAAAGGAUGUUUAACUUUUAUAAAUAAAUUUUCAGGUAAGAAAAU